AGUUCCAAUUUGUGGAUUUAGGUAUGGGAGCUGCAUAUGGGACAGCUAAGAGUGGUGUGGGUGUGGCGUCGAUGGGUGUGAUGAGGCCCGUGUUGGUGAUGAAAUCUAUUGUACCGGUUGUCAUGGCUGGUGUUUUGGGUAUCUAUGGGUUGAUUAUUGCUGUUAUUAUUAGUACCGGAAUCAACCCCAAGGCCAAAUCGUAUUACCUUUUCGAUGGUUACGCCCAUCUUUCCUCGGGUCUUGCCUGUGGCCUUGCUGGUCUUUCUGCUGGAAUGGCAAUUGGAAUUGUUGGUGAUGCUGGUGUCAGGUAUAUGCUGACUCAAAUGACAGCAGCCAAAAUUUUUGUUAGAAUGAUCCUUAUCCUGAUCUUUGCUGAAGCUUUGGCUCUCUAUGGCCUUAUCGUUGGCAUCGUCUUGUCUUCUCGAGCCGGUCAAUCUAGAGCAGAAUAAGAUGCUCCUGCAGCUCCUUGGUAAUCUUAUAUUCUUUUAUUGCUUAUGUCUGUUUCACCGUUACGAA